AACAAGCGUAGGCGGGUUGCAAGCCAGUGGAAAUCAAAGAAAUCAAAGAAGGUGGCAAGCAACGAGCAAGAGAACAUAGCAGAUGGAAGUGAAAAACGUGGUGAUAUUGCAGAAACUGAAGAACAAGUACAAAUCGAUGAUGGUGAUGGAAAUUUCUUUAUACAACGGAGGAAGAACCCAGAGAGAUUGUUUCAUAUGGAGCCUCCACACGUAGGUACCCUUGGAAAUCUAGUAUCUAGAGUGGCCGCAUUGGAACGAAAUGGCUGUGAGGUGGAGAAGUUUGUAGAUCUGGUAUCUAGAGUGUUAUCAUUGGAAGAAGACUGGCGAGUGCCAAACACCAGAGUCAAGCUUUCGGUAUGUCAAAGUACUACCAUUCAAGCGAUUUGCUGUGAUGUUGUUUUAGGUUUCCGUAAUAAUGAAUUGAUUUGUUGUUGUUUCGCUGUCAUAAAUGACAAGAUAAAGAAGCAAGCAAGGAAGGAGAGAACAUUGUAAAACGAAAGGGUAAAGCCACAGAUGUGGGAGAACCAGAAAUACGAGAAGAUUACGACACAAUAAAAUCACCGCAUGUGUCAAUGGAGGAAGAAGACGACAGACUACAUGAAGAGGCUGUCAACACUCUUACGCUAAUGAGCUCCAAAACCUUUGUAGUUGGAACAAUAGAUAAUUAGAUGUAGUAAGUUGAUGAUGCAAAGGCCCAAGCAUUGAAGGGAGAUGAAGAUGAACCCCCAAAGUGCCUCAUCCAACAUCAUUACGUCAAGUAAACCCAUUAAGAGGAGUGCAAGGAUUGCUGCAUUGUCUGAAAAAUUAAAUACCAACUACUUGGUUGUGUAUGGCCCAGUUGAUAAAGAAAAGGUUAGAGCAUUGAACGCUUUCAUAAAAGAAAAGUAAGUAUCUUGUGAUACCGAAGUCACUAUUUUUUUGUAAAUAAAAUCUUUGUCUAACUUGAAGUAGCUGUCUGUCUUUGGCAGAGGAGAUUCUACAUAUCCGCCUGGUAAUGUCUUUACGGCCAAAGAGUUCUUCCAGACAUUUAUGAAGCCGAGGAGUUGGUUGUCAUUCGUUGCAAGUCAAAUAGGUUAUUAAUUCCCUAGGUAUGUGUACGUAAUUCUAAGCUUCUUAUAUCAUCUUGUAUAGGACCUUGAUGUACCCUUAGCGAUGUACCGAGUAAGGUUUUCCCAAAAUCCAACUGAUUUCAUAUCUCCAAGGAUUGCAAUACUGGACGCAGUUUUCCAAACGUGGUGGAGUAGUCAGUACAAGGAGUGGUUAGGAGAUCAGUCGAACAUACCAAAGGGAGUCUAUGAUUACUACAGAGGUAAGAGGCCAAAGAUUAUCCCACCCGGCAAGUAAUGGGGAUGAGUUGUCGAUACACUAUAUUCAGUUCUGAUGGUAGAAAACAGUCACUGGGUCAUGAUGGUCAUUUCUAUCCCGGACCGGACUAUCGAAAUCUAUGAUAGUAUGACCGGUCUGAUUCCUAUGGAGAUUAUCACGCAGGCGGAGAUACCUUUUGUUCGCAUGGUUCCUUACGUCUUGUAUGCUUGCUCUGAUCCUGAAGUUAAGCAGGUUAUGGAUACUACCAUGUAUUCCAUCCAAUUUGUAACGGAUGGGGUUCCACAAAUAAAACCCCCUUAUGGAGACUGUGGAAUUUACGCAGUCAAAUUCAUUGAGUGUCUAGUAAUGGGUGUGGCAUUUGCAGAUGAACAUCUUCGUGAUUCUAAUAUGAUGCUAUGAGGAGAAAACUUGCUGCAGAGAUGUACGAUGAAACAAGGCAUCUUGAAGAUAUUUGUUAGAUACCAUACAAUGGUUUAGAUAUCAUAAACAAAGGUUGGCAAGCUUUGCGAUUUUUCAUGUUUUCAAGUUCAUUCUUUUUUUUUAAACAUGUUAAGUUCUUUUGAAUUGUUGCAGACGUCUCUGUCGUCAAUUUGUUGUAAUGUUUUUUUUAAAAUAAAUGAUUGCGCGGAGCCACGUCGACUACUAUAGAGAGAAAAGACAAAUAAUUAUUAUUAUAUUUUAUUUCUAUUUCACAUGGGCCCUUAAUGUAGCUGGGCUUAUCCUGUGUUUUCGCCCUGCCAGUACAGGCAAGCCAUUCCUUAGAAACGCAAGCCCUGCUUCUUUCAAAGAGUUCUUCUCCAUCGUCAACUUCAUCGUCCUCUUCACUUCAGCGUCUUACUCUUCACUCUUCCAGGGAAACACCUGCUUCGGCAAUUUCUAUCAUAAGAUAAUCUUUCUAGGUCUCUGUUUUUGUGUAAUUUUUCUGAUUAAAAAUUCCCCUAUUUCAACUUUUUAGCCUUACCAAGCCAUGCCAGUACAGGCAAGCCUUCUCAGGACACGCAAGCCUUGCUUCCUUAAACCGGUUCUUCUCCCUAGUAAACUUUUCGUCCUCCUCACUGGUGAGUACUAUGGAGUUCCCUUGCAGUUUGUUUUCUGACGAAACAAGGCCAGAUCCAGCGAAUUUUAUAAACUACAACUCCACUUUCAAGUCCCUGAAAGCAGUAAAAGAUGUAUUUAGUGUUGAAGUGUGGGAUUAUGUUGACAAUUCACCACUAGGGAUAAUUAUAAAGUUCAUGGAUCUGGAGUUUGCAUGGAGCUCAACAUUGGUUCAUUACUUUCUUUCUAGACAACUCUAUUGCAAGAAACAACAUGACAUUUUUUUUUAUAGGAAAACAGCCUGCUCGUUUCUCGUUAUAUGAGUUUGAAGAUAUCACAUGUUUAAACUGCAAACCACUAUGGAUUUGGAGAUUUUCGAGCAGUAUCUCUGGGAAAGAGUGGCUUUCGUUGAACUUGUUCAGCAGAUUAAGGACGCAAUUGCAACGAAAAUCAAGGGCAACAGUUAUGUCUGCAAGGGGUUCGUGCAAGUAAUCCAGGUUUGGGCUUACGCUUAUAUACCCGGUCUUGGAGAAGCAAUUGGGCGUCCUAUCAGGUCAAAUGGUCCAUGCUUACUGAGGUUCAAAGGCAAGUAUGGAAAGCUCCCCUUGGGUUUUAUACUUGAGAAAGCGAAGGUAACUUGUAUGUCCCAGCGAAGCGUAGAUGAAGUUCAUCCAGUUUGGGAACACCAAGAUGAGGAUCCUGAGAUUGACAACCUCUUGGAGUUCCUUCACCAAGACAAUUCCCUGAGUACCAUUACUUGGCAAGCCCUGCCGGAGUACCCAUUGACACCGAUUGAAUGUAACAAGCGUAGGCGGGUUGCAAGCCAGAGGAAAUCAAAGAAAUCAAAGAAUGUGGCAAGCAACGGGCAAGAAAACAUAGCAGAUGGAGGUUAAAAACAUGGUGAUAUUGCAGAAACUGAAGAACAAGUACAAAGCGAUGAGUUUUUGAAAAUUCUGGCAGAAUUUUAUUUCAGCUGUUGUCUGAAAAAGUGGAGGUUUUGGAAAAGCAAUUUAAUAGUGUAACGGUCUCAGCAGUUUUUUAAUCUGCAGGUGGCAUUACCAUAGAUAAUCUAGCAUCUCGAAUCACUCAGCUGGAAGAAAUUAUGCUAGUAAAAACACCCGCACACAAUCGGUUCUCUAACACAAAGCUACCAGCAAAACCAGCGAAAAUAGAAGGCAGCACAGGAGAGACUACAUUACAAGGAACUGAUGGACACCAGGACCCGGGAAAAGAAAGAGACAAGGAAGAAGGCAAACUAGUCAGUGAAGAUCACCCAGACAACCCAGAGGAAGAGAAUACAGUAGAAGACAUGGAAGGGGAACUGCCAUUUGAGAGGCAAGGCAUAAAUGUUGGAAGAUCCCCCAGAAAACCCAGAGGAAGAGUAUGCAUGAUAGGCCAUGGAUUUUACCCACUUUUAGCCAUGAUUUAUAAGUGUUUUAAUAACUAAUUGCUACAAUAUAGAGUCUAUUUAGAGUAUUUACAGGUUCAGAGACGAUUUGAAGCAAAGUGUUGAUUUUGGUGUCUUUUGGAGUCUUUUGAGUGCAGAGCUGCACAGACGCGUCAGAUAUCUAGCUAUGGAUGGAGACCUUACCACCGUUAGAUUGAGCUAAUCUCUUGACACAAGAUAGAGCGUUGAGUUAGCUUUCCAAUGCCACCGGUUUGAGAGAAGAGAGGAACUCCUUCAGAGUCCUCUUGGAACUCAAUUGGUUUUAUAAUAUCUAUUUCAAUUUCUUAUAUAUUCAUCUAUGAUUUUCUGUGACAACUUCAUGCCUGAAUAGAUCCACCUGUUAGGUUUAGGGUUCAGAUAGUCAUGAGAGAUUAGCCCGAACUAUAGAUUGCAAAGUUGUGAUAUUCAUCUUUAGGAUUGUCAUUAAUGUCUGUUUCUAGAUUAGCUACCUAGAACUUGCCCUAGGAAUUGUAGACAUAAGCGAUAGCUUGCAUCUCACCCUGAAUCCAUCCUAAUUGAGCUAAGAGUGCUAGAGUAAGACGAGAGCUGAACUAGGAAGCUUAGUGAGCACAUUCAAUCCGCGCGUUAAAGCUUGACCGAGCGCGUCGAUCGAUAUUCCAAUCGAAUAAUCUGUCGACGUUUCAACAAGUAUAUUGAUCGAUAUUCCUAUAGAAUAAUCGAUCGACAUUGGUCAAUAGACAAACCUAGAAAACGAAAACCUAUCGGUUUGUUUAUAAGUGUUGAGCUCUAUAAUAUCAUGCAUGCAACUUGUUAGGCAUCUAUAAGAUUAUAAUCUUGAUUGCUUGAAUAGAAACCCUAAGUCUAGCAAACCAUUCUUCCACCAAAACCCCAAUAAAAUGAAUCGAGCAAUUACUUUGCUCACAAACUUGCAACUUUACAUUUAAAAUCAUUAUAUCAACCUAGCUAAAUCAAUCUGAUUUGAUUUAUUUGGUUCCCUAGCUCCCUGUGAAUUCGAUCCCUAAGUACUACAACUCGACCUCUUAUUUGAGAGAGUAUAAAUCACUACUUAGGGUAAUUUGAGUGAUAUCAAUGCAGGAGAAGACAUGGAAGAGGAACUGCCAUAUGAAGGGGAAGGCAUAGAUGUUGGAGAGGGUGCACCACAAACAAAAAGGGACGAUCACACAGACAACCCAGAUGAAGAGAAUGCAGGAGAAGAAGGCGAUGAAGAACAAGGAAAUGAACAAUCACAAUCAAAAUCUACGGUUUGUAGACUCUUGCAGGAAAUAAAUCAAUGUUACUCGUUGGAGGAAACCGAGCCUUCAAAAAUACAGAAUCACUGCUUGUUAAUACCAAAGGUUGAAGAGACUUCUGAGUCCAAAAAGGAACCAGAUUAUGAAAAGGCUACUACAGUAUCCUCAGAGUCACUCAACCCACAUCCUUUCGCACGAAUGAAGAAAACAGACAAACUUGCAGCCACUUCAUCUGCCUCAGUCACCACUGGCGUGCCUUAUGAAGACUUGUUGGUUAAAGUGGCUGAAAGAAAGACCAGCCGUUUGCAGAAUCGGGCAAACCAUCCCCCUCCUAGGUAUGAAAAGAAUAGGAUACCUCUCUUGUCGCAGAACCUAAGAAGCCCAUUUGAACCUGGCACCCAAGUUAAGGGGGGUUUGAACAGAUAUGCGAAGCUUUACACAUUAACUGAACUGGAGGAGGUUGUAUAUGGGAAAGUUGCAGAGUCAAAAGUUGCAGAGCUAACCUUUUUUAUGAGUAGAAAGGAUUCCGUUUAUCCAAUUGGCUCACCGACGCGUGCCAGUGAAUUCUUCGAAGUUUUUAUGAAGCGGAGGGAAUGGUUGGAAGACGAGCACAUGGACGCAGCUUUAAGUUUUUAUAGAUUAAGAUUCCAAGAACACCCAAGUAUGUUCCCAUCUACAAAGAUUGCUAUUAUGGACGUAGCCUUCCAGAUGCUCUGGGCACAUCAGUACGAGAACUGGAAAGCAAAUGAAGCCCUUCCUGGUGGGAUGUUUUUCUACUACUACGGGCUUGCUCCACGAUAUGCUGAAACAAAGAUGUGGUGCGGGGAGGAUGUGGAUACGAUUGUUUCCUGUCUUAAUGUGCAUAACAACAGUCAUUGAGUAGCCAUGGUUAUUUCCAUCCCGGAUCGGACUGUCAAAAUCUAUGAUAGUGGGAGUCCUAAGCCAGGGGAUGUUCAGUUAAGGAAAGCGGCGGAGCCGUUUGCUAUAAUGGUUCCCUACGCGUUAUGGUUUUACGCAGAAGAGAAACGCAAGCCAUCUGUGGAUCGUACUGACUUUAAAAUCGAGUGUAUAUGGAAUGGGGUUCCACGAGCAAGACACCCAUUUGGGGACUGUGGAGUUUAUACACUAAAAUUCCUUGAGUGUCUAAUGAUGGGUGUUGAGUUUAAACGAAAAUUUCUUAAGGACGUCAACAUGGGGGUAGUGAGGAAAAACCUCACAGCGGCGAUGUAUGUAGAAACAGCAAGAGCAAACGCGAAUAUGUGGGAUCCCGAAUUUGUAACAUACGCGAUUGAUUCGUUUGUUCCAGCAAAAUAGAAAUUCUGUGCAACAUUUUUUGUGAAGGUACACUGACAAGGAAAUACACGUUUCAUCAUCGUUUUGGCUGUUUUGUCAACUGUGUCCUUGCUAUUAAAAUAUCAAACAUUGCUGAUAGUUUGCAAAGUUUAUAUUUUCCCUUUUAACUAGUUCCAAGCUCAAAAAAAUAUUUAAAUUCAAACUUUGAAAUAGAUUUUCUUGCACCUUAGGAUCACUGGGCCUGGAAGAAAACUAAAAGAAACAACGGCAAGGCGAUAAUGUGUUCGCAAUAUACCCGCAGAUUGAUGGCAAGGCAACAGCAACCGUUGGCCAGUUUAAAGCUGAUGACACCCCUGCUGGUUCCAUGUUGUUGCCUUGCUCUGUACGACU